CAGGGCGCUCUCUUGUGUUUUUUGGCUUUUAACUAUGCGGUGUUGCAUCAUAAGAUAUAUUUAUUUGCAACAUCCAUUGCAGCCUAACAAGAAGAAGGAAAUAUCAAUACGAAGGAGGAAGAAAUGUAGCAGUAUCCUCAUAAAGGAGGAAGAGAAUAGUAGUGAUCAAUUUAAUAAGCUAUCUGGUGAUGUGUUAACUUGUAUUUUUCUAAAAUGCGCGGUGAAAUCAUUAUCCAUCUCAAGGUGCAUAUCCAAGUCAUGGAAUGAAUGUAUUAUUAGUCCUAUGUUCCUUUGUUCUCAUCAGAAACAACAGUUGAUGGAAAAUGCCCCUCAACUUCUCUUUGUGAAAACAUUCCGUUAUUUGCGCCGGUCAGGUAAGUUGAAACUACAAUUUGUUUCACUUGACAUGGAAGGAAGAAAUGAGGAUUUGUACACAAUCACUCACUAUCCUGAUAGACAAAUCCAUUGUAGCCGCUGGACUGUAAGCGCUGGUUUGGUUUGCCUUUCAACAGAUUGUCGUAUUUAUUUGUGCAAUCCCGCCAUCCAUCAAUUACGUGAAUUGCCCGAGUGUUCACCUUCUGCUAUCCCUGGAUAUGAACAUUUUGGUUUUGGAUAUCUUCAUUCAAAGAAGGAAUACAAAGUGGUGCGUUUUUUCUAUAUGGGUCCCCCCGGUACUCUUCCUGUUGAUGUUGUCCUUACGCAGCUAAGAUGUGAAGUUUUUACUCUAAAUAGUGGGGGCAUUUUGAAUAGUAGAUGGAAAGAAAUCGCGCAGCAACCUCCAUAUCAUCCGGUUUUUCCCGGGGUGUUAGUUAAUGAAUGGAUUGGAUUUGAUGGAUUUGAAAGGGACGGUCUGCCUACCAGACUAUGCUAACUUUCUCAAGAGUUCAAUUCUAGACUUGUGGAUACUGAAAGAUGAGGUAAGUUGUAGUUGGGCGAAGGAGUAUAGU